GCCUUCCUUCAGAGGGACUCAUGUCAUAUGAUUUUGGAAGAUUUGAACAUGAUUAAACUGAUUGUUGUUCAACAUCUCCAUAUCAAUGUGCUGUAUAAACAGAAAACCCAAUGGCUUCCAGCUCUCGACUUUCAGGAACAGACAAGCUGCUUGGAGAACUCUCUGCUCCGCCACGGCUGAAGCGUUGGGAAAAAUACUGUGAGCAAGCUGUCAAGUGGAAAGAAGAAAACACUGAAAAUUUUCACAGUGGUCAUUUCACAGUAUUUUAACUCUUCUCAGAAUUUCAACCCUUUUCUGAGUGGCAAGGCAAGGGGCUUUCAUUGUGUCCAAAUCUUGGGAAGAGAGUGUCUGUCUCUACAAGAGGAGGUGAAAAAUUUAAUACAGCAGCAAACUCUCUCAGUCUUGAAGAAAUUGUUCAAUCUACAUCAUGGGAAGGUCUUUGUUUUUGUAUAUAUUUUUAUUCUACUGGCAUUUCCUAAAUGCUUUAUUCACUGUUGAAGCUCCCCGGUCACUCUGCACUGUGGAACGUGGGAACAAUGUGACCAUGGAAUGCACAUUUCCAGUGAAUGGAAAAUUAGAUUUUAGAGAUUUAAGUGUCAGUUGGGAAAAGAAAGAUGAGUUGAAGCAGGUUUAUGUACUUCACAAAGGAGAGGAAGACUUCAAAAAUCAGCACAGUGACUUUAGGGGAAGAAUAAAAUUGUUGAAAGAGAAUCUGAAGUUGGGACGGUCUCUCCUUCAGAUCACUGAUGUGAAGCUCAGAGAUGCAGGCAUUUACCGCUGUGUUAUUUUCUAUGGGGGAGCUGACUACAAGACAAUCAAUCUGAAAGUUGUGGCUCCUUACAGAAUUUUACACCAAGGAGUGGUGAGCACAGGACACAAUGAAUGGAAGUUGACAUGUCAGUCAGAAGGAUACCCAGAAGCUGAAGUGAUAUGGCAAAACAAAAACUAUGAAGAUUUGACUGAUAAGGCAAACACAAGAUUUGAAACUGGAAAUGACCAGUUGUACCGUGUGACAAGCACCCUUACAAUCAAAAGUGGAAUUGAUGAGAUUUUUUACUGCAUAUUCUGGAAUAAAGAGCUGCAAGAAAAUACAUCUGCCAUUUUACACAUAGCAGAUUCAACUGAUGGCAUUCUCCAGACUGAGAGCAGACGCUUUGUUGGAGCAGCUCUCAUUGCUACUGUUUUUGUUGGAUCAGGACUUCUAUUUCUGCUCUGCAUAAUAAAAGCUAGAGCAAAUAUAGGCAACAGAACACCUGUGGCGAGUUUAUCAACAGCAAAGCUGUCAAAAGAUAAGGAUACACAUGACUGCAGAGAUGCUUCUUUUGAAGACAGCCAGCUGAAAUUUCUACCUGAGAAAAUGUUCCAGAUCCUCACAAUACUGUUGCUGGAAACACAGUUCUCCAUGGUUUCAGCAUUACUUACAGUUGAAGUUCCUCAACAGCUCUACACUGCGGAGUAUGGGAGCAACGUGACCAUGGAAUGCAGAUUCCCUGUGAAUGGCUCCAUAGAUCUAGGACUUCUGACUGUUCUUUGGGAGCAGAAAAGGCAGGGCUGGUUGAAAUCAAAAGAAGUGUACACAUUCCGUAAUGGGAAGGUACUCCAUCCAUCUCAACAUCCUGAUUACAUAGGAAGAGCAUCACUUCUGCACUGUGAACUGAAGUUGGGACGAGCCAUCCUUCAGAUCACCAAUGUGAAGAUCACAGAUGCAGGAUCAUACCUUUGUCUCAUUGAGUACCAGGGAGUGGACUACAAGUACAUUGCUUUGGAAGUAAAAGCAUCAUACAAGAGAAUAAACACUCAAGUAAUGAGACUACCAGGUGAAGACAAGUUUGUUUUUAUGUGCCAGUCAGAAGGCUUUCCUCUAGCAGAGGUUUUCUGGCAAAAUGAGAACUUCAAUCUCAGUGGACCUGCAAAUACCACCUAUACACUGACUGCAGAUGGCCUCUACAAUGUCACCAGCAUCCUCACAAUCAAACCAAACAUGAGUGAGAACUACACCUGUGUCUUCUGGAAUAAAGAACUGAAUGGAGAAACUUCAGCUUACAUUUCCACUUUAGCUUUAACGAGUACACAGUAUAGUGGACAAAAAAUCCUGAUCUCUUUAAUCAUCCCCAUAUGUGUGACUGUAGCUGUCCUUCUCUCUGCACUAAUAAUAUUUCAGAAGAGAAAAUCAUUCAAGAAUGAGCAACCCAAAAAAGACAGGAAAAGAAAAUGGAACCCUAAUGCAAAGGAUAAGAACAGCGAUGAUUUUAGCUCUCAGACUGAGGCUUUGUACUUGUCAACUGUCACAGCUUCAAGAGACAGCGCAAGUGUGGGUCUGUGAAAACUCUUCAUCUUACGUGCCAUAAUUUGCACUUUUUCUAUCUGUUUUUGGGGACGUCAAAAGAAAAUUACAGCACUUUAAUCUUGGGAUAAACAGUGAACUCAUGGGGAUGUAUUUGCACUGCAGUGAUGGAAAGCUAUGCCUCCUCAAAUACCAUACCUUCUUGAAGUUACUGAGAACCAUGCUGUCAUGAAGUGUGGUUUACCACCACUGUGGAGAGGUCAUCUGAGUGCCUUUGUAACACUUGACUUUUAGACUUACUGUUGCUCAAGGGAUUUUUGUUUAAGAAUGCCUUUAUUAACUGUUUCAGUCUCAGGAAUGGUGCUUGGAUUCAAACAUCUUGUGGAAUUUGAAUAAAAGCUGUAAAUGCUGUCUUAUGUCAAUUAUCUUUCAGCUGGAAACAUCAUUACAUGCCCAUAUCCCAUUUCCAAAUUUUCUAACACAUUAAACUGGAUAUUACCACAAGUACCCAUGAUCAUGGCAACAUCUAAAAGAUAUUUCAUAUCACAAAAGCAGUAAGAGGUAAUCAAAUGACAGAAAAAAAAAACAAUCCAGCAAUAAAUCAACAUUAUGUUGCAGUAGAGAAUUUUCAUGUCUGUAUAAAACCUCACAAGUAAGUAGGAAAAAAAAACAUGAACUGUGAUGCUAUGCUACAUAACAGUAUGAAGUUUCAAAUGUGAACUGAUUAUUCAACAGAAUUUUCUUUAGGACGAAUUUCGAAGCAAAAGUGAAAGUGAAGCUCAGACAGGUUUCUGCAUUGGUUAUAUUUAAACAAUCAUUUUGCCUUUGUUUGGAGCCUUUUCCAUGCCAGGCUGCUUUACUUCCUAAUACUGGAAUGCCAGAUUUGGAAAAACAUCCAAAAUGAAACAACUUUGCCUCUUAGAUAGUCAUGAGACAGUGAAGCAAAGGCACUGGGUAAGAUCUGUCAUACUGUUUUGGAAGACCAGUGGCUUUGGUAAGCUGUGUUUUCUACUAAGAUAAAUGUAACAAGACUGAAGAAAGGUGUUCACAUGGAAAGUACUUCUGUCAUGAUCUUGCUCUUAAAAGAGUUCCACUGCUUUAAGCUUUUUUCACAGCACUUGCUCUUAAUUUGGAUGGGAACUGCUUCUCCAGUGUCACUUUGCAGCUAUUUAUUCCAGCAAAAGGUGGACCUACAGUGCUGCUAUGAGACCAAAACAUCAGCAGUCAUCCUCUCCUGUUUCACCAGGACAAGUGAUUUUAAAAAGACUACCAUUGAUUUUGCUCAUGGAAGAGAAAAACUAACCUCUCUCUGACAUCAUCUGUACUUUAAUAUCUAUGUAUUGCACCUUUAAUUACCCUUUGUAGCCACUGGAUUCAGCUGAGACAAAUCCACAUUAGGCUUGGUAUGUCCUAUGCUCUUGCUGACAUGGCAAAUAAGGCAGAUGUCAGAGAAUUAGAGGCAGCUUCUUGAAGCAUUGGUUAGCUUAAGAUGGAAUAGCAGCUUGAGAACUGCCCUGGCUUGCACCAUUUAGCAAUAUUUAAGGGUCAGUGCAUAAUGUCAAGCAAUUUCUCUGUUUCAGAUUUGUACUCUGCUGGGAACUAUGAGCCCUUGCCCUUCUGUCAGCCAUGGUGAAAUCUAACCCACUGUGCUCCUGCAAAGAGUUAAUUUUGCAUUUUUCUGUCUAUUUUUUCCUCAUGAAAAUGAAAUGGGAAUAAUUAAAACUGAAUUUAUGUGUAUGAACAUAAAUAGUACACUGCAGCCUUUGCAAUUAGAUUAUGGUGAUACUAUUUUUCCUUACUGAAAUGAAGUCAUUCUGUCAUUUUCUUUUACUGGUGAGUAAAUGCUGCCUUGGUGUGGGCAGCAAAGAACAAGUCUGGGUAGCAUUUCCUGACCAUUUUACAGGCAUGGCGAACACUACCCCGCUUUCCCUCUUACUGGAUUGUAUACUGAUAGGUUUCACCUGGCAUCCCUAGGCAGAGGCAGUUUCCCAGAGUUUUCCACAACACACCUAUCCUCUAUCCACUCCAUUUCAUUAUGAAUGGAACAAUAGCACUGUUUACUGCAAUAACUGUAAGAAAACCUACAAAUGUAUUUUGGCUCAUGAGUUUCUAUUUUCACCAGAUCUUGCUGGAUGCUUAUGAACCUGACUGACACAUCUGAGUAUGUGAAAGUUACCUUGUCAGCAGCUUGGCCAGUCUAUAUAUGUGUAUGAAUUAAUGCAAAGCUUGUCUUUUACUGUAAACCAUUGAGCAUAUGAUAUGUGUGUGAGAUGAUGAAUCUCUGUUCUUUCUGCUUCACCUACUGUUUUACACGCUGUUAUCUCCAAACAGCUGAAGUGAAUUUUUAUGCACAGAUAAACUGCCUGCAAAAUGUUUGAAGGGUUUGUGUUCUGUUUGUUUGGAGUGUUGUCUUUGUGGGUUUUUUUGGUGGUUGUUAUUUUGUUCAUUAGUUUUUUUUUUAAAAUUUGGGUUGUUGGGGAUUUUUGUUCAUUUGGUGUUGUUAUCUUUUUGUUUGGUUUUUUUUUUAUAGUUUUGAACUUUACACUAAGUCUAGAGCUGGUGUUCUUAGACCAUAAAACUAUUAGGUGCUUUUAGAGUUUGACUUUAAAACUUACUUGUACUCUCAUCUGGCAUCUUUGAGUGGCAGAAAGGAUGCCUUGAAUGAGAAGAUUCUGUUACCCUUUCUGAUAUGUACCGCCUCUAUUCAUCUCCAUACGUUUGUUUCAACUAUGUUAAAACCAUACUGUUUGCCACCAAAACAGAUAUCUACCUAAUCCACAAAACAGUUACAGAGAAAGGUUUUACAAACCACCUCUACAAAGGGUCACUGUUACAGAAAUAAGUCUAACUUCAAGCUUGUCUUUUCUUUCUGUGGGGAUGGGGAUCAACUAAGCAACCCCCUUCUAAUCCAAAAUUACCUUUGACUGUAAAU